UUAAGAAAAAUACAUCUUUAAUAUUAAAAGCUUUCAGAGUAGAUAUCUUGUGCAACAAUGUGGACGAUUAGAGCGUUUUUGUAUUUGAACUUGACUUUUUGGAAUAGAUUUUGUCCUUUGGUUGCAAAAGAGGCAUACAAUUUGGUGGAAAAACAGUUAUUUUAUAAUCAUUGCUGACUAACACACUUUCAUCUAGAUGAACAUCUAUGGUGAAAAAAGAAUGACUUUAUAUUAAAGAUUCUUGAAUUUAAAAUUUUUCUCACUUAUGCAAUAAAUUCAUUGUGAAACCAUUCCUUAAAAAGAACAAACUUCAUUCAAGCUUUUGCCUUUGUAAAAAAGUGGAAGUGUGCAAUUUUUGAACACACAAGGUUUCCAGUAGCAAACAUUCUUAGCUUAUGUUUACCUAUUGUAUUUGAGCAAGGUAUGAAAUUUAUUUUCUCUUUAGAUAUUUGUUGUUCACAGGCUGGAACUUAAUUUUUAUGAACUAAAUCUUGUUGGCAAAUGUCUCCAGAACAGGCCACUCUCCUCAGCAUUGUAAAGAUAACAAGAAUUAGAGAAUCAGUCAUGUAAUCAGAUUUCUUGUUAAAUGGCUUUACUCAUGCAUUAUCACUUGAUAAGUUUUCUACUGUUCUAGAUAGUUAAUAGUUGCAAUGCUAUUUAUCUAACCAAUCUUCAUUAGCGUUAACUUUUUUGUGUACAUUUAACCCUACAAUUCAUACAUUUUGUUCUUACUAAGAGACUUUCCCUUAUACCUUCACAUAUUUUUCAGCAUUGUCACUGGUUAGGUAGGAUAGUUUAUUUGGCAUUGUCGCUGAUGGCGGUAAAAGUUUUAUUCCUUCUAUUUGUAAGUCAUGUAUAUCCAGUUUUUUAAACAAUGGAAACAAAUUUUGUAGAAACCACAUCUUUGUUUGCAUGAUAUGAAAAAGGUGUAAGCCAUUUUUUUUUUCCACCAUAGAAGCGUUUUGUGGGUUGUUGGGUAGUAAGAUAGCUUUUGAACUCCUUAUCCUUGAUGUACUUACAAAUUCUGAUUUAUUUACUCACUUCAAAUGAAAAUUCCACCCAAACAAUUUUAAGGCAUUGAAAAGAUAAUUUGGUUUACUUUGAACAUACUUGAUUUUAAAUUUGAACACAGAUGUUCUUGUUAAGUAGCUGCCUAAAAAAUUAUCGAGUUUCCUUGUGUGAUCACUUAAUUUUAUUUCGAUUUCUAAUCUAACUUUGGAAAUUUUCAUUUUCAAUUGGCAACCUUAUUAGACUAUUAAUAUUGAAACUGAAGCCUAGGAAGCAAGUUUGUAGGACUUAGUCCUCUUCACUCAUAACCCAAGGUGCUAUUGUUCUUGUAGCGUUUGCUUCAAUGUUCAGACGUCCUUGGAGAUGCGAUUAACGUUUUUGGCAUAUCACAUUACCCAGUAAUGUCUGGUCUUCUCACAUAUCAAGAGAAAGAUUGCGGUGAAACAUCAAAUUAGAGUUCCCUUCCCGCUUCGUAUUCAAGCUGUUUUCUCUUUGAAGACAAUUGUGUUACCUCGUUUCUUUCUUCUUGACUUGGAAUUAAUUGUAUCGUUGUGUUCAAGAAAGAAGUAAAGAAGUUGAACACACCCAUACUAAUAUGGAUAAAAAUAAAUACAUGCAUGAAUUCAGCACGUCGAUUAUUGGAAGCCCUAUUGCAACGAGCUCGCCUUCCAAAAUAUCCCAAAACAAUUUUCAAAUUUAUUUUUCAGAUUGGGUUAAACAUGCCACUCAAACUCUAGAGGAACAUAACAAAAUUAGACUCAACACCAUCAAGCACAUAAAAAAAUUAGCCGCAGAAAUACUACAGCCGGUGGCUGAUGUUGUUUUCUGUGAUGCUGAUCACAUUUACUUGCCACCACUUACCCUUAAAGAUGUCAUCAAAAAUCUCAUUGUAAACAGCAGAGAUAGUGGAAUAACAAAAUCAGAAAAUGAUUCAAGAAAUAGUUCAAGAUACAGUUCAAAAAAUAGCAUAGGAUUCCUUAAAUCAAAUAAAUGUAGUAGACGAGUUUCUUCUAACAUAGGCACUUUGAAGAUAGAAAACAGAAAAUCUAAUUUACAUGUGAAAAAACAGUCAAAGAAAAAGCAAAAUUCAAAAUCUAAAUCUAAGAAUAGUAAAACUGUGAAUAAUGUCAUGUGCACACCGAUGCAAAAAAUUCCAUACAACAAUUUGGCAGUCGUCACCCCAGGGCCCAAUAUAAAUACACCAUCUCGAGUAUUUAGAAAACCGAAUGAUGGAGAACCUGUGAUAUCUCUUGGCGGAAGCCCGAUUCUAGCCUCGACAACAUCUUUGUGCUCCAAGGUACCACAAAUGCACAUACCUUUAAAGGAUGGCAGGGUCUAUGCUGUGAUGGCUGAAGAGGGCUUGGAAAACUCAGAGUUUCCAGAUGUUGAUGAAGAGACACUGAACAGGAUUAAGCGACUACAUGAGUUCAUUGGAGAUCAAAUACUGGGAAUACAAAAACAUUAAUCAGUUCUGUACCUAAAAAAUGAAUGUACAUUUUUAAAAAAACAACAUUUAAGACCAUAUUUUCGUUCUGUUGAAUUAGACCACAUUUUUAAAAUAUUUUUCUAAUAAAACUACAAAAAUAUUAAAA